UUCGCCUCCUACUCUCUCUGUUCUUCUUGUGCUUAAUUUUGAACCGGUUCGAACCUGUUUUAAACCGGUUAUAACAAAACCCGACUUGAAUAACUCGAACCAGGACUUCUGGUUUUAUUUCUCAGAAAAACCACUUCCUUUUCGUUAGGCGCGUCACUGCAACUUCGUGAACCUCAUUCAAUUUCAGAAUCCCCAAAACCAACUUGCUUCGCUUUUUUGCUUCUCUCUCCUUUUUCAACGAAGAUAAGUCGGUGAAAAUUGAGGAAUAAAGCAAAAAAUUCUGAACUCUAUUGAUUGAUUCCCUCAAAGUUGAAGCAACUCAAUCUUUUUCGAAUUUAUGGCUAUGAACUCCAGAUUGAGUUGCUUGCCACAAGCUUUUCACAUCACAAGGUCUUCUAAGCCUUUCCUCAGCUUCUCAGUUAAACUCCAAGGACAAUCAGAACUCAGGAGGGUUGUGAAAAUGUCUGCUACAGAAACCACAAACUCUAAGAUAUCGUAUGAGUCCUUUGCAAUAAAGCCUCCUUCACACCCAACGUAUGAUUUGAAGGGCAUUAUCAAGUUAGCCCUUGCAGAAGAUGCCGGAGAUCGAGGUGAUAUAACGUGCAUGGCCACCAUUCCAUUUGACAUGGAGGUUGAAGCUUAUUUUUUGGCAAAGGAGGAUGGCAUCAUCGCGGGGAUUGCACUUGCAGAGAUGAUAUUUUAUGAAGUUGAUCCUUCCUUGAAGGUGGAGUGGUCUAAAAAGGAUGGUGAUGACAUACAUAAAGGUGUACAGUUCGGAAAAGUUCAUGGACGGGCACAUAACAUUGUUGUGGCCGAAAGGGUGGUGCUAAACUUUAUGCAGAGGAUGAGUGGCAUUGCAACUUUAACAAAGGCAAUGGCUGAUGCAGCAUACCCUGCAUAUAUGUUGGAGACUAGAAAAACUGCUCCAUGUUUACGUUUAUUGGAUAAGUGGGCGGUAUUAAUUGGUGGAGGUCGGAAUCAUAGGAUGGGUUUGUUCGAUAUGGUGAUGAUAAAAGAUAAUCAUAUAUCAGCAGCUGGAGGUGUUUCAAAUGCCCUUAAAGCUGUUGACCUGUAUUUAGAGCAAAGAAACCUAAAAGUGGAGGUUGAGGUUGAGACCAGAACUCUUGAGGAAGUUAAAGAAGUAUUACAUUAUGCUUCCCAAACGAACACCUCUUUGACCCGGAUAAUGUUGGAUAAUAUGGUUUUACCUCUACCGAACGGGGAUGUGGACAUAUCAAUGCUGAAAGAAGCUGUGCAGUUAGUCAAUGGAAAAUUUGAGACUGAGGCAUCAGGCAAUGUUACUCUUGAUACCGUACAUAAAAUCGGACAAAGUGGAGUAACCUACAUUUCCAGCGGUUCGCUGACUCAUUCUGUGAAGGCACUUGACAUCUCCCUCAAGAUUGAUACCGAAUUGGCACUCAAAGUCGGAAGGCGUACCGGACGAGCCUGAUUAUCCCUACCUAAAAUAUAAUAAUGUCCAAGCACUCAAAAUCUUUCUUCUAGUUGGUGCUUACUAUGCUGCAUUUUAAAUCAAAGAUAUAAAGCAGUUCCAGAAUGGUUGGAUGAUAGAAUUAUAAUCUAAAGAGUAAGCUCUCACUUCAGAUUAAUAUGUUGUUUAAGGUUCUAGAGUAAUAAAGUAAUAAUGUGAAUUCUUUUACUAGCUUAGUCUGGCAAAAUUGUAUAGAUUAAGCUUAUUACAGAUUGAAGGUUUUAUCCUUUUCUACAUAGGCGUUGGUCAAAUAAUGCCAUAUGCUGAAGUUCAUUUUAUCUUCUGAUUUUGUUUUCCCUUUUUAUAGUUGAAAAAUGGUAGCAAGGGAAAAUCUUGUCCAAGAAAAGCUUCAUUUGCACAGUAUAUCUAAUGGUAUAAGGUCAAUUUAUUAUAA